CUCCCCUCCCGGCAUGGGGUCUGUCGGGGAAGACCCCCUGCCCCACGCACCCCUCGUACCCCGGGCGGGCAGUGGGGCGCUCCUGCCCGCAGCCUCCGUCGCGCCCGCGCUCCCGAACCCGCCCUGCCGCAGCCAAGAGAGCUGCCGAGACUGCGGCGCGCCCGGGGCAUCCCCCGCCGCCGCAGCAUCCCCGGGUCAAGGGCGCGGAGCCCGUGCCCGCAGCCGGGCGUGUGAGGCGACAGGCCUGGGCUAAUGGCCGUGUGUCCUCUUCUCUUCCCCGGUCGUCCCCUCGCCCCCUGCCCUGCCCCAUCCCCGCGCGCUUCUCCUCUCCCCUCCGCGGACGCGCGGGCCCGGCGUGGCGGGGCAGCGGUGCUGUUGCGGGCGCGCGAGGCGGCGCAGUUCCUGCGGCCGAGGCAGCGCCGAGCCUACCAGGUCUUCGAGGAGACCAAGCAGGGCCACCUGGAGAGGGAGUGCAUAGAGGAGCUGUGCAACAAGGAGGAGGCCCGGGAGGUGUUCGAGAACGACCCCGAGACGGAAUAUUUUUAUCCAAGAUACCUAGGGUGCAUUAGUAAACAUGGGUCUCCAUACUCCAAAAAUCCUGAUUUUGUUACAUGCGCUAAAAAUUUGCCCAACCAGUGUAUUCCAAAUCCCUGCGAAAAGGAGGGAACGCAAGCCUGCCAAGACUUAAUGGGCAAUUUCUACUGCCUGUGCAAACCCGGCUGGGGUGGAAGGCUCUGUGAUAAAGAUGUCAAUGAAUGCAACCAUCAGAACGGAGGUUGUAAUCAAAUCUGCUACAACAAGUUGGGCAGCUUCCACUGUUCCUGUUACAGCGGCUACACCCUCACCUCGGACAGCAGGACCUGUGAAGACCUCAAUGAGUGUGCAGACGCAGAUGCCUGCGGAGAGGCGCGCUGCAAGAACCUGCCCGGCUCCUACUCCUGCCUGUGUGACAAGGGCUACAAGUACGAUACCGACAAGAAGGUUUGCCAAGACGUGAACGAGUGCGAGGAGGAGCUCUGUGAGCAGGUCUGCGUCAAUUCUCCCGGGAGCUACACCUGCCACUGCAGCGGACGUGGGGGCCUCAAGCUGUCCCAGGACAUGAGCUCCUGCGAGGACAUUUUGCCAUGUGUACCUUUUAACGUGGCCAAAAGUGUGAAGUCUUUGUAUCUGGGACGGAUUUUCAGCAGGACCCCCGUGAUCAGACUACGCUUCAAAAGGCUGCAACCCACGAGACUUGUGGCUGAGUUCGACUUUAGAACCUUUGAUCCUGAAGGUGUCCUUUUCUUUGCUGGAGGCCAUCGGGACAGCGCCUGGGUCGUCUUGGCUCUGCGGGCCGGCCGGCUGGAGCUGCAGCUCCACUACAACGGGAUCGGCCGCGUCACCGGCAGUGGCCCUGUCAUCAACCACGGCAUGUGGCAGACGAUUUCCGUGGAGGAGAUGGAGCGAAAUCUAGUGAUCAAAGUCAACAAGGACGCUGUUAUGAAAAUAGCAGUUGCCGGGGAGCUGUUUCAGCUGGAGAGAGGAUUGUAUCAUCUGAACCUUACAGUGGGAGGCAUUCCAUUCCCAGAAAAAGACCUCAUUCAGCCUAUAAACCCUCGUCUGGAUGGCUGUAUCAGGAGCUGGAACUGGCUGAAUGGUGAAGACACCAUCAUCCAAGAAACCGUGAAAGUGAACACUAAAAUGCAGUGCUUCUCUGUGACGGAAAAAGGGUCCUUCUACCCUGGGAAUGGAUUUGCUUCCUUUGACCUCAAAUAUCGGCGAACGCCACUGGACGUUGGAACUGAGACACCCUGGGAAAUAGAAGUCCUGGCUCGGAUCCGCCCUGCCACGGACACCGGGGUGCUGCUGGCGCUGGUGGGUGAGGAGCAGGCCGUUCCCCUCUCGGUGGCGCUGGUCGACUACCACUCCACAAAGAAGCUCAAGAAACAGCUGGUUGUUCUGGCCGUUGAGAACAUCACCCUGUCCCUGAUGGAGAUCAAGGUCUGCGACGGUCAGGAGCAUGUUGUGGAGGUGGCCGUGAAGGAGGGGGCAGCAGCCCUGGUGGUCGAUGGCACCAGGGGUCAGAGUGAAGUGAGCCCAGCCCAGCUGCAGGAGAGGCUGGGCGUCCUGGAGAGGCACCUGCUCGGCUCUGUGCACACCUUCCUGGGGGGACUGCCAGAUGUUCCCGUGACCUCAGCGCCAGUCACGGCGUUCUACCACGGCUGCAUGACUCUGGAGGUCAACAAGAAGGCUCUAGAUCUCGAUGAGGCCGUCUACAAGCACAGUGACAUCACGUCACAUUCCUGCCCUCCCAUCGAGCACGGCCCUCUGUAGACACCGCUGCUAUGGGGCACACAUUCUGUAAGAGAGAAAUGUGUCAGGCUUCUCUUUUAAAUCCUAAAAGAAAAAGAAUGAAAGGAAGGUAUAAAUUAUUCCAACUCCCCUGCACUCCGUACAGUUUCUCUAAAAACACUGAAGAGGAUAGGAGCUGCUGAUCACUAGUUGAGUUUAUCAUUGAAAUCCUUCUUUGCCGUGUAAUAUAUUUGUAAAUAGUUGAGAGGACUAAUAUUAAUGAUCUGAAACCACACACUCAAACUCCCAAAGCGUCCUGAACUGAGGGUCCAGUCUGUACAAAGGGAGCCAGAGCUUGGAAGAUGGGAGGCCGGUUACAUGUCAAAGUAGACUUGAAGAAAAGAAUUCUCUAUUAUUUUUAUUAUCAAAUGCUUCUUUCUGACUUCAGGAAUAUGGAAAAAAUAAAACAUUUACAGAAAACUUUUAAA